AUGGAGAAUGGAAACCAAUUGCGUAUGCGUCAAGGUCACUUACCAGUGCAGAAGCUAGUGCAAACAAAAACGUUGACCAAACUAAGAGAGCAACAUGAUGCAGACGAAACGUGCUACCAGCUGAAGCAAUUCUGUAGGAAUGGAUGGCCACCUAAACACAAGCUCAAAGGAGAUAUCAAGAAAUUCUGGGCAGCUGCAUCAGAAUUGUCUGUGGAAGAUGGCCUAUUACUACGUGGUAGCCGACUGGUUAACCCUACCUCGAUGCAAGCAGAGAUUUUGCAUAAGCUUCAUAUGGGACACCUUGGCAUUACCAAAUGUAGAGAGAGAGAGCACGAUCAGCAGUUUGGCAACGUCCAAUACCAGUCGAACAUUUGUUGCCAACUGUUUUCUAGUCGACCGUGGCAAGCAGUGGGCACGGAUUUGUUCGAGUGGAAGGGGAAGUCUUUUCUACGAGUCGUAGAUUACUACUCCAGAUAUCCUGAAGUUGUUUCCUUGUCAAGCACAUCAUCCAAAGAGGUGAUAGACAAGAUGAAAGCCAUGUUUGCUCGACACGGCAUACCAGAGGAGGUCAGAUCAGAUAGUGGUCCUCAGUAUGCUUCAGAGAUAUUUGCACAGUUUGUGAUGACUUUUUGCAUACAACAAGCAGUCCGCGAUACCCUCAAUCGAAUGGAGAAGCCGAGUGAAUGGUACAGACUGUGAAGAAACUUCUAACAAACAGUGAAGAUCCUUACCAGGGAUUGUUGUCUUAUCGUUCAGCCCCAUUAUCAAAUGGAUACUCUGCGGUAGAACUUCUAACAACUGAGAAGUCUAGUUCCAACUACACCACCUACUCUUUAACCUAAACGUGUCCCGUACAGAGAAGUACAAGUAAAAGAACCAAGUUCAGAAGAGAAAAGACAAAGGAGAGAUUUGACAAACACCAUCGAGCCAAAGAACUACCACCAUUAUCUCAAGGAGAAAAAUUUUGGCUUCCUGAUAGAUCAGAGCAAGGGUCAAUUCUACAACAGUCUACAAAACCGAGAUCGUAUACAGUAACAACACCAUCAGGAGAAUUCCAUAGAAAAAGACAAUAGUAAAAGAUCAUCAUUAACAAAAACAACCAGGACCAGAAGAACAGAAUAUAAAAUAAGAAGAACCAACACCAACAGGAAGUCCAGUGCUGCAUCCUCCUUCAAUCCAACCAGGACUAACGACAAGAAGUCGUCGAGUUGUGAAGCCACCACAGAAACUAGACAUAUAGGUUAAUUAAAGUUUGACUAUAGAGUUACACAAGUUUGAGUUAGAUGCUUUGUUUUCAAGACUUGGGAAAGGGGAUGUGGCAUGUGGUAAGUUAGUAUUAUGUUACCCACGUGUUAUCAACAGUGUAGUGCAAUAGUACAAUGAGUCAAAACCUGCAGACAACACUGAUGAGUCAUGUAAUCAAUUUCAUCUUUCGCAACGGUACACUACCUAUGUGGAAAAACGAAAGUUGAGGGUGAUGUGUAGAUAUAUCCGUUAGUAGAUCGAGACACUGCUAGGUAGCCAGACAGGAGCACAUCCGAAUACAAUCUUAUAGCUAGAAGUGUUAGAUAAUUUCUUGGGCUGCACAAACGGCUUUGAU